AGCAAACAAACUAUAAUCUGCAAAUCAAAAUCAAAGCAAAAUUAAAGAAAGAAAGCAAAAAUGCCUUGUGCAAUAGCAUUAACAAACUCUCCAAUUUUCUCACCAUCACAACAAACACCAAAACUACUUUCGCCAUUUUACUGUAAACUAUCAUCUGUAUCAUCACCAACAAAUCGCAAUUCGUUUUAUGCAUCGUCGUCUUUAUUAUCUCCAUCACCAAAAUCACCUUUAUCACCGUUGACUUACAACAGAAGUCUCAGAGAAGAGGCGGAGAAGGAGGCGGCGGUGUGUUCCACGUCAUCAUUACCGUCGCCGACGAUUUUGAAGAGGAAAAGACCGGCGAGGAUUACGAUUCCGAUUGCAUCUUUGAGAUUAGAACAGGUUGAUCAAACGCCGAGGGAAGAGAGUAGUAGGUUAGAUGAAGUGGAAGUUGAAGGAGAAGGAUACUCUGUGUAUUGUAAAAGAGGGAAAAAGAGAGGUGAUAUGGAAGAUCGGUAUUCGGCCAUAGUUGAUGAAUCUAAGGACGGCUCUAAACAGGCCUUUUUUGGUGUAUUUGAUGGACAUGGGGGAGCAAAAGCUGCAGAGUUUGCAGCAAAGAAUUUAGGCAGGAACAUUAUAAAUGAAGUAGCGUUAAGGAGUGAAGACGGAGUUGAAGAGGCAGUUAAAGAGGGUUACCUCACUACAGAUACAGACUUCCUAAAGCUAAAUACAAAUGGAGGAAGUUGUUGUGUGACAGCACUGAUACAAAAUGGACAACUUAUUGUAUCAAAUGCCGGUGAUUGUCGCGCUGUAUUGAGCAGAGGAGGCGUAGCAGAGGCGCUCACAGUCGAUCACCGCCCUUCUAGGCAAGAUGAAAUGGAAAGAAUUCAAAGCCUGGGUGGUUAUGUAGAUUGUUGUCGAGGUGUGUGGAGAAUUCAAGGAUCUUUAGCUGUGUCAAGAGGAAUAGGAGAUUCUCAUCUUAAAAGAUGGGUAAUAGCUGAACCAGAGACAAAAAUAUUGACUAUUGAACCAGAAUGUGAAUUCUUGAUCCUUGCCUCUGAUGGACUUUGGGAAAAGGUUACUAAUCAGGAGGCGGUGGAGUUAGCGCGACCUUUGUGCAUAGGUGUUGAUAACAUACGACGAUUAUCUGCUUGCAAAAAGCUUAUUGAUUUGGCAGUAAUGAGAGGAUCAUCUGAUGAUAUAAGUACAAUGGUCAUUCAACUAGGCCAAUUUGUCCAAUAAACCAAUGGUAGGAAGAAUCUGUUUGAAUGAUUUGGUCACUUGGGGAAAAUGGACUGCCUAAAUAAAGGGGCAGCCCGGUGCACAAAGUAUCCCGCGUUCACGAGAAUCCGAAGAAGAACCACACUUCAAAGGGGUGUGAUGCUGAUUCCACGACUCAAAACCCGUGACCGAAAAUUAUUGGAAAUUUUCAGUCUUAAUCAAGCUUAAUAGGACAGUUACUAGUGUUAUAUGUAAUUUACUGGAUAACUAUAAAUGCUAAGGUGUUAGAAUUAGAGGGCAAUUGUUGAUGUUCAUAUGUGUGUUAUCUACUAGAUUUCUCGGAUCAUCUGAAGUCAAAUUUUACUUGGAUAGGCCUAACAUGUUACUUGUUACACAUUCUUUUCUUGGAAGCAAAUUAUUUAGGCUAUAGAAGGCAUGAUUUUUCUGUAUAUUUUCCCACAUUUCGGGAUGACUUGUAAACCUUAAUCAUCAAAUUUAGAUAUGAAAUAUUAGAAUUUAAUGACU